AAGGUUAUGUGCAAUUCGUGUAGUUGAAACAAAUAGUUCAAAAUGGAAGAAAAUCAAGAAAAUGAUGCUCCAACAGUGAUCAGGUCUAUGUAUAGUCUUGGACCUCAUAUAUGUGAUAAGGAUAAUAAUAAAAAUUAUUGUUAUUUCUCUGAAAUUCCUGAAAUUUGUAAAAAUGAACCGUGCAUGCUUGGCGUCGACGAAGCUGGAAGAGGACCAGUCUUAGGUCCUAUGGUCUAUGGCAUAGCCUUCUGUCCCCUAUCAAAAUCCGACGUCCUCAAAACCCUAGGAUGUGCCGACUCGAAACAACUGACAGAAGAAAAACGUGAUGCAAUAUUCGACAAAAUCAACAUCGAAGACUACGCCCACGAAUCCAUGGGCUGGGCCGUAGAUGUCAUUUCCCCAAACUACAUCAGCAAUUCGAUGCUCAAACGUAGCAAACAUUCUUUAAAUGAAGUCAGUAUGGAUUCGGCAAUUGCAUUGAUACAGAAGGCGAUUGAUGCUGGGGUUAAUGUGCAGGAUGUUUAUGUUGAUACGGUGGGGCCCCCCGAGAAGUAUCAGGCCAAGUUGAAGAAGAUUUUUCCUAAGUUGGAGAUUGUGGUUGCUAAGAAGGCUGAUUCUACUUAUCCUAUUGUUUCGGCUGCUAGUAUUUGUGCUAAAGUUAGCAGGGAUCAGGCUUUAAAGUUUUGGAAAUUCGGCGAAGGAUUGGAACUGACACAAAAGGAUUUUGGAAGUGGUUACCCGGGAGAUCCUUCAACAAAGUCCUUUAUCCACGAUCGAAUCGACAAAGUCUUCGGUUACCCCCAUCUGGUAAGGUUCAGUUGGUCGACUGCAGACAAUGCCCUGGCCUCGACAGCCUACGAGUGUGAAUGGGAGUCUGCAGAGUCCGAUGAUGAAAAUGAAGACCCCAAGAAGAAGGCCAAGAGACAGUCUUUAAAGAAUGUCCCCAAGAUAUCGAGUUUCUUCGGUGGCAACGAUGGCAGUAACAAGAGGAAGAGGCACAAGUUCUUUACGCAGAGGUGCUUGGUGAAUGUCGCAGAGUUGUAGGGGAUAGUUUUUUAAGUUUUUAAUUGUAAUUGUUUUUUAAGUUUUAUAUUUAAUUGUAAAUGAAUACAUGUUUUAUUAUG